CGCUGGCGGGUCCCGACUGAGUCCCCCGGGCAGCGCCCGGUGCCCCCGCCGGCCGUAGUGCUCGUCCCUGGGGGUGCCGCCUGCCCGGGCGGGGGCGAAGGGCCGGACUGUGCGCGAUUUCUCUGCGUCAAAAUUUCACCGGGGUGAAAGUGCAUCAGUUGUGAUUGUGUUCUUCCUGUGCAGUACUUUGCAGAGGAAUGCAAGCUUCAAAGACUGAAAAUAGAAGAAAAGCAGAACCAUUCUACUGGCUGUCAGUGGCAAAGCCUAGGACCAGUUCUGAGAUUGUAAAUGAAGCUAGAGAUGCUCUACAAACAGUAAAAACUCAAAGGCCAUUCACACCUACAGAUGAACAAAGGAAACUUUUUGGGUCUCAAUCCUCACGAUGUUCUCAAAAUAGACGCCCUGUAUGUUUUAGUCUUGGUACAUCCAGUUCUGAUUCGUCUGAAUCAAGACCAAAUUCUGGUGUUCGUCUAAGUCCACUGACUCAUAAACCAGUAGUAAUAAUUUCUGAAAAAAAAGAUGAUGCUGCUUCUGUUUUCCAUCCAACACCUCCCGCUGAUGCUGCAGAGGUUAGAAAAGUCAGCAGUGCCUGCAAAGGCUUAUUUAGAACACCUUCUCUGAAAGAUUUAUUUUCUGCUAAGGUGGUUCCUCUGGAUCAGAAUGAAGUGAAACUUGAUUUUGAAGAGCCACCUAUGAUGAUGAAUAGUCUUGACAAAAGUAAUAAUAACUGCUUAGCAGAACAAAAGUUGUACACAUCAUUUAAUGAUGAGAGUAGACAGGUAAUUUGUAAUGAACAUACCAGCAGAUCAGGAAGUGAAGACUCCAUGGAAGGGACACCAGCAAACUUUUCACUUCAGCAGCAAGGAGAAAGUGACCAGAUGGAAGAGCCUGGCAAAAAGUCAUCACAGCUGAGGACUUCAGGACAGAAGAGAAGAGUAACAGGCUUAAAGGAUGAAACAAGAAUAAAUGAAUGGGAAGAGGAAGAUUUCUUUUGGCAUACAAGGAUUCUACCAAUUCUGCAUGAACUGGAAAAAAGAGAAGACAAUAUAGAACACCUUUGUCUAACUUGUACCAAGCUCCAUCAAGCAUUGGGUGAUGGAAAUAUGCUUGGAAAAAGAUUUAAAAGAAGAAACAUCCUUCUGAAGACAUUAUAUAAACUUGUAGACAUUGAUUCAGAUCCACUUUCCCUGAAGCUGGCAAAGAUUAUUCUGGCUAUGAAAGUAGAUGGAAAAAAUCUUCUUAGUGUUUGCAAGCUAGCAUUUAAAAUUUGUAGGAACGAAAAUAAUUAUUUCAUCAUUCAAAAUGAUACACUAUUGGAUUAUUUGUUGCAGGUUCUGUGGAAUGAAGAUUUACAAACAAACCAUGAAGCUCUCGUCUAUUGCAUGGCAGCUAUAAAAGUCAUGUCUGAAAAGGAAGCACUCCGUUUUAAAAUGGUCAGCAAAGGAGCUAUUGAAAUGUUUCUGGAAUUAAUGAAGCAGAUUAAUAACAUAAAAGAACAUGACACAUAUUUCUCCAAGUUGGGCCACUUAUUAGUCCAGCUGACGGCCACUCUGCGGAUCCUGGCUAACUGCGCGCUGUCGCGCCGCCAGCUCAGCCCCAGCGCUGCCAUCCCCGAGCUCUGCGUGGCGCUGGAGCAGCGCAGCAGCGACAAGGACGUGUGCAUCUGGAUUGUCAGCGUCCUCAGCAAACUUUCUACCUACAAUGACUUCUGUGCAGCUUUAGCAGACUGCUCCAGAUGUUACAUUGUAUUUUUAGCCCUGCUAAACAAAUACCAGAAGCAGCAGGAUUUGGUUGUCCGUAUCAUCUUCAUUCUUGGUAAUUUAACAGCAAGGAAUGACCAAUCCCGGGAGCAGUUUUUUAAAGAAAAAGAAAGUAUUAACACCUUGACAUCAUUAUUCCAAACCUACUAUGAACUUGAUUUGAAUGCACUGACAUGGCACCAUGACAGAAAAGGAAAAAACCAACCAAAGUAUCCUUCAGAAGCAGAAGAUGUUCUGAUAAAACUGAUGAGAGUGCUGGCCAAUCUCUCCGUUCACCCUAAAGUAGGUGCAGCUCUGGCAGCUGCCCAUCCUGUUGUAGGAUUACUUGUUACAGUACUAGAAUACAAAUCAGUUGAUGCCUGUGAAGAGUUGGUCAUCAAUGCUGCAACAACAAUCAACAAUUUGUCCUACUACCAAGUGGAGAAUUCUGCAGUUCAAGAGAAGCAGCUACACAUUGCUGAAAUGCUCUUAAAGCUGUUAAUGAGUGACAAUAUGGAUGUAGUUGUGGAGGCUGUCAGAGUCUUUGGCAAUCUUUCCCAGUAUCAUGAGAUCCGUGACUUCAUCAUGCAGAAAAAAAUAUACAAGUUCGUGAUUGCUCUGCUGGAUUCCAAGAACCGAGAGGUCUGUUUUCCUGCCUGUGGAGUUCUGCUCAAUCUCACAGUAGAUGAGAACAAACGAGCUUUUCUCAUGGAAGAAGGAGGAAUUGGAAAGUUGAUUGACUGCUUACAAGACUUUGGGCCAGCAGACUGGCAGCUCUCGUGUUUGAUCUGCAAAACCCUGUGGAACUACAGCGAGAACAUGGCGAGUGCGGCCUCCUGCUUCGGAGGGAACACCAACGCGCUGCUGAUGCUGCUCACGGCACUUCUGGAUGAAGAGGUAGAGUUGGAGUGCAGCCUUGACAAAGGUAUAAAGGACUGCCAAAGAGUAUAUUGGGAAAGAGAGUUCAAACCCGUGGCAGAAAAACUUCUUGACAGAAUUCAAAGCCAUCACUCUUCCAGCUGAGUCUAUCACUCCAUUUUAAUCAGUCGGGGUGUUUUUAUCAGCCCGCUCUUCUCCAUGAGAAACACAAGACCAGCUUUACUGUUUCAAAAGGAUAAUCCAAAUCUAUGUAAGAACGACGUGAACGCCGGGCAAUUCCCAGACAAAAACCACCUGGACGAGCCCGAGAACUCUGCAGAGGUACCCGGUU